UACUGAAGUGCAAAAUAUAUAAAUAAACUUUGAAAAACAAAGAAAAUAAAUUCAAGAAUUUGGGUGCAGAAGCUGCUAUUUCUUCUUCUUCCACUUCAUCAAGCUUUGUUGUUUUUGUUUUCUGAUGGGUUUUUAGAGAGGAAGAAGCUUAACUCAUUACAUUGCUCAAAAUAAUUGUACUAUAAUUAUAAUAAUAUUAAGGAAUAGCCAUUAUUGUCCUUUCUGAAGCAAAGUCCACUCUUUGCACUCUUUUACUUGCUUUUCUUCCCUAUCAUUUUCUUCUCUCUCUCUCUUUCUCCCUUGAAGUGAAGGCUUCUAUUUUAUCUUUGGGGGGGUUUAGAGUUUCAGCACUUCAGCUUGGUGUUUGAAAAAAAAAAGAAAGAAAGAGAAAUUGGGUUCUCCAUGGAUUCAUAUGAAGCAACGAGGAUAGUGUUUUCGAGGAUCCAAAACUUAGACCCUGAAAAUGCUUCGAAAAUCAUGGGUUAUCUUCUUAUUCAAGACCAUGGAGAGAAGGAAAUGAUACGUUUAGCCUUUGGACCUGAAGCUCACAUCCACUCUUUAAUCCUCAAAGCCAAAUCCCAUUUGGGACUUUCCAUUUCGAACCCACCAACGCCUUCUACUCCCUCUUCUCCUUCUCCUUUCUCUUCAAGGCCGAGCCCUUUAUCCAUCCCUUCUUCCUCUUCAAGGCUUACCAAAGGCUUGGAGAUUCCAAAUCCUUCUUCUCCAUCUACUACCACUUGGCCUCCUCUUAACCAUUGUCCCAUCAGUCCUAGCUCAACCUCCUCUCUUUCAUAUGCAAGUAUUGUCAAUGGAAGCAGUAACACUGCAAAUGGCUCUGGAUCUUUAUCCUCAGUUCCUUCAUGUGUAAACACUUGCAAUGACAACGAACUCAUCGAUGACUACCAGUUCCAGGACCACCUUUCGUUUCUCAACGACUCCAAACCUGAGGAUUUGUUCAGUCCUCGGCUUGACUUGGCAAUGAGUACUACUCCAAGUGGCUACGCUGAUUCCCUUUUACAUAGGAGAAGUUUCUCAGUUCCUGGUCUGUGUUUUGGAGCUGAAGAUGUCAACUCUGGGAUUGGAUGGAAGCCUUGUUUGUACUUUGCAAGAGGGUUUUGUAAGAAUGGUACUAGCUGUAGGUUUCUUCAUGGAGAUUGUGCUGAUGCUGCUGCUCUCGUUGGUUCUCCAAGUAAGCUUAAUGAGUUGGAACAGUACCAGGAGCUACUUAGAUCGAAAGCUCUUCAGCAACAGCAGCACCAGCAAAAGCUAGCUUCAGCUUCUCAGCUCAUGUCUGGGGCUUCUUUCCAAUACAGCAAGUGUGUUAAUCUACUUCUCCAACAACAAAAUGACUCUCAUAGAUCAGCGAUGGCUGCAUUAAUGAUGGGAGAUGAGCUUCAUAAGUUUGGACGGUGCCGUGCUGAAAGAAAUGAUUUUUCAGCGAUGGGAUUAGGAGCAGCAAUCAAUCCAGGCUCUAGACAGAUUUAUUUGACAUUCCCAGCUGACAGUACCUUUAAAGAAGAAGAUGUUUCAAAUUACUUCAGCAUCUAUGGACCAGUACAAGAUGUGAGGAUUCCUUACCAGCAGAAGAGGAUGUUUGGGUUUGUUACAUUUGUGUAUCCCGAGACAGUGAAGCUCAUCUUAGCUAAAGGCAAUCCUCAUUUCGUUUGCGAUUCUCGUGUGCUCGUUAAGCCUUACAAGGAGAAGGGGAAAGUCCAAGAGAAGAAGCAACAACAACAAUCGGAGCGUGGAGAGUAUUCAGCAUGCUCGAGUCCGUCUGGGGUUGAUUCGAGGGAGCCAUUCGAUCUCCAUCUCGGAUCGAGAAUGUUUUACAAUACUCAAGAGAUGCUACUGAGAAGGAAAUUAGAGGAGCAGGCUGAUUUGCAGCAAGCCAUUGAGCUUCAAGGAAGAAGACUAAUGAAUCUGCAGCUGCUGGACUUAAAGAACCAUCACCAUUCUCAGUUCCAACACGGUUUUUCCACUGCCUCACCAGUUCCUUCACCGACUGUAUCCCGUACUCCCAACAAUCAAGCACUUAUUUUUCCAGUUGAUGGCAUCGAUCAAGAAUUCCCCCAAGAGAAUGGUGGUUGCCCGAUCUCAGCUGUUUCCGAGUUGGCUGCUGCUAUCAAUGAUGAUAAGCAGCUGGAGGAUUAUAAAAAUGACAAUGGUAAUAGUAGCACCAAGGGGAAGGCCAACACUGAAGAAAGUGAUCUCCCUGAAAGCUUGGAUCACAUUCUCCCUGAUAACCUAUUCGCUUCUCCGAAGAAAUCAGCCAGUGAUCACUUCACUGUCUUCUCUACCUCGUCUGCAGAGGCCGUAGAGGCUGAUGACAAAACCGGAACUCCUCCGACUACAUCUUGUUCUAACAGUAACCCUUCACCGGCCAAUGCCUCCGGCCUCAAUAUGGCUUCUCUUAAAACAUAUCUUCUUCAAAUGCCCAGGUUUUCUUCUGGCCAAGGAACCAUUGGCAUGUAGUUAGCCAGCAAUGGAGGAAAAUUGACUUUGCCAGGUGGCAAUUAAGCAAGCAUAUACAAGGAAGAUUAAACCCGAAAAAAGCUGUAUAGGCAAAACCAUACCCACAGCAAAGAAAAAAGAUCUGUAAGACAAGAUCAGUGCAAGAUCAUCACUGCCAUCAUCAUCAUCAUCAUCAUCAACAAUACAAUACUACUUACAAUCAAAUACAUAAUAUAUGUAUAGGUAAAGGACAGAGGAACUGAUUUAUGCAAGUGGGGUCUUUGGCCUUUCCUUACUGUGACACACCAAGUUGCUGGACCACACAACAGAUAGUGUAGAAACAAACAAAGGCUGGUAGUAACUAGUAACUAGUAACUUUUUUUUUUAUCUCAUAUUGUAAUUUUUUUUUCAUUUCCUAAUCUUUUCUUUUACCCUCCUUUUUUCAAAGUGAGGUGAAAAAAGAGAACUAAGAAAAAAAAUCUGUAUGAACUAUGUCACUUUGUGUACAGAAUUAGACCCCCCAGAAGUUCUAAAAGUACUUUACCAGAAGGUUAACAACUAUACUGAUAUAGAUACCCAAAUAGGAAAAAAAGGAGUGAAAGGGUAAAAGCUUGGAACUCUGGGUUCUUUUUUUUGAAGUUAUUUGCUAGUGUUUCAUAUUAUUAUUA